AGCUCAGUACAACCAGCAGUACGCAGCUGCUGGUCACCUUGCUCAAGAGACACCACUCGUUCUCCAACACCACAGACGACUCCAUCGACCAUCAGACGUCAUGAACAGGAUAUUGAUGGUACUGGCGGUCGCCGCGUUGGCGGCAGGACGCCCAGAACCGCCUGUGAACAACGCCUACCUACCACCCUCGGCCGGUGGCGGCCUGGGUGGUAACGGACACGGCGGCGGUUCUCCCUCCGCUACUUAUGGCGCCCCAGGGGCGGGAGGCAACGGUGCCUUUGGGGGCGGCCGCAACGGUCAAUCCGGUGCUCCUUCCUCCACGUAUGGUGUCCCCGGGGCUGGAGGUGUCGGAGGCGGUGCAGCCUCUGGCGCUGGAGGCUUUGGGGGUGGUGCCGGAGGUGCCCCAUCUUCCACGUACGGUGCACCGGGAGCUGGCGGGCGCAACGGUGGUAACGGUAGGGCCCGGCCAUCUUCGACAUACGGUGCUCCUGGAGCGAACGGCGGAUUCGGUCCUGGUGGGAACGGCGUCGGUGGCGGCGCUCCUUCGGCGACAUACGGUGCUCCUGGCGCGGGAGGCAUCGGAGGUGGCAGAAACGGCGGUUUUGGUGGCGCACCCUCCAGCACUUACGGGGUACCUGGAGCAAGCGGUAAUGGUGGUUUUGGCGGUGGCCGUAAUGGAGGCAGAGCACCCUCUAGUACAUACGCCGCUCCUGGAGCCAAUGGCGGAAUCGGUGGCGCUCCGUCUUCCACGUACGGGGCUCCUGGGGCAGGUGGUGCAGCUGGUGGACUUGCUGGAGGAAUUGGCGGUGGCGCUCCGUCGUCGACGUACGGAGCUCCCGGUGCUGGUGGAGCUGGUCGCGGCUUUGGCGGUGGUGUCGGAGGUGGCGCACCUUCCUCCACGUAUGGAGCUCCUGGAGCCGGCGGAAAUGGCGGUGGAUUUGGUGGAGCACCCUCUUCGACCUAUGGCGCCCCUGGUUUCGGUGCUGGAAGGAAUGGUGGAGCAGGAGGUAACGGAGUAGGUGGCGGAUUUGGAGGUGCGCCGUCCAGCACUUAUGGAGCUCCGGGAGGUGGUGCCGGUGGGUUUGGUGCAGGUGGUGCAGCAGGAGGUGCCGGAGGCCCAUCGUCCACGUAUGGAGCUCCUGGCGCAGGCUUUGGCGGUGGACCUGGAGCAGGCAUCGGCGGAGGUAUCGGCGGAGGCAUCGGCGGAGGUGUCGGCGGAGGAUCAGGCUACGGAAAUGGCGCUGGAGACGAUGGCUCGUCUGAGCCUGCCAAGUACGAGUUCAGCUACGAGGUGAGCGAUGCGGAGACUGGCACGGAGUUUGGACACAGCGAGUCUCGCGAUGGUGACGUGGCCCAGGGAUCCUACAACGUGCUGCUGCCUGAUGGCCGCAAGCAGAUCGUCGACUACCAGGCGGACCAGGGAGGCUACCAGCCCGAGAUCCGUUACGAGGGAGAGGCGUCCACUGGCGCUGGGGCGGGUGCCGGCGGCUUUGGCGGACCCGGAGGAGCUGGUGGCGCAGCAGGUGGCUACCCAGGAUCUGGUGCUGGUGGAGCUGGUGGCUAUCCAAGUGGAGGAGCUGGAGGUGCUGGAGGCUAUCCCAGUGGUGGUGCUGGAGGUGCUGGAGGAUAUCCCAGUGGUGGUGCUGGAGGUGCUGGAGGAUAUCCCAGUGGUGGAAAUGGGGGUGCUGGUGGUUACCCUAGUGGAGGGGCUGGUGGUGCUGGAGGAUACCCCAGUGGUGGCCCAGGAGGUGCAGGAGGCUAUCCCAGCGGAGGAGCUGGUGGCGCUGGAGGAUAUCCUAGUGGUGGAGCUGGAGGUGCCGGUGGUUAUCCCAGUGGUGGAGCCAACGGAGCUGGAGGAUACCCAAGCGGUGGUGCAGGAGGUGCUGGAGGCUACCCUAGUGGCGGUGCUGGCGGCGCAGGAGGAUAUCAAAAUGGAGGAGCUGGAGGUGCUGGUGGCUACCCUAGAGGAGGACCAGGAGGUGCCAGUAAUGGUGGAUACCCCAGUGGCGGCGCUGGUCGUGGUGGCGGCGCAGGCGGCCGUGGAGGAUAUCCAUCAGGUGGUCCAGGAGGCGCCGGUUCUCAUCCGGGAUACUAACUGUUUUGCCCACUACUCCAAACGAUGACGGACUCAGCAAAGUCACAGCAACGAAUACGCUUCUGCCCUGCUCUAUAUAAUCACGAUAUGUUAUGUAUAUUACCUAAUUAUUGUAACUUACAAGGAUCUCGUCCUGUUUGUGUGUAUGCAUGCUGAAACUAGUUUAUAUGUGUUUAUUGUGUUUAACAUGUACUGUGUACAUGACAUGUUAUUUAUUUACCUAAUUACUCCUCUAUGUUAUGUAAGUGAGCUUCAAAACUAUGUAUA